AUGGAUCGCGCCCACAGUCCCAAGCGGCGCAGGCUGGGAGGCAGUUUCCAUUCCUCUGAUCACCCAGACGCAUCAGAAGAUCUAGCUCCCUCCUUCAAAGUCCAGCACCCCUCAAGAUCUCGCUUUCCAAAGGGUGCUGAUAGGGCUCGCACCAACGACAAAACCUCGACACCUCAUCAGCAAGAGUUUGAUGGACCCGAACCAUUUUACAACGCUGAAGACACCAAUGCCCUGGAUCGCGACUGGUAUGCAGGAGAUGAAUUUGGCCACACUUUUGGUGAUGAUAGUCACAACCCUUUUGGGGGCGCGGAACUGGCUUUUGUCGACCAACAACGUGAAAAGAUUCUGGUGGAUAAAAAGCUGGGAAAGCGUAUGACCGCAAAAGCAGCUCAGAAGCAGAAGGAAGUUGAUGCUUGGGAGGCGAACCGAAUGCUUACUUCAGGUGUGGCCCAAAGACGUGACCAGGCCAAUGACUUUGACGACGACGAUGCUGUGCGGGUUCAUCUCCUAGUACACGACCUGAAACCCCCAUUUCUAGAUGGAAAAACAAUCUUCACCAAACAACUCGACCCGGUUCCCGCCGUGCGCGAUUCCCAGAGUGACAUGGCUGUCUUCAGCCGGAAAGGUAGUAAGGUGGUUCGCGAAAAAAGACAACAAAAAGAGAGGCAGAAACAGGCUCAAGAGGCCACCAAUGCGGCCGGUACCACUCUGGGAAACAUCAUGGGGGUCAAAGAUGAUGAAGGUGACAGUGCGGCGGCCGUCCCUGAUGAGCAGACCGGCAAGAGCAAGUUCGCUACCCAUCUCAAGAAAAACACCGGCAGUUCAGCGUUCAGCAAAAGCAAGACUUUGAAAGAGCAGAGAGAAUAUCUUCCAGCCUUCGCCGUCAGGGAAGAGCUCAUGCGUGUCAUUCGGGACAAUCAAGUCAUCAUUGUGGUUGGCCAGACCGGCUCGGGCAAGACGACCCAGCUCACCCAAUUCCUGUACGAGGAAGGAUAUGCUCAGCAUGGCUUGAUUGGCUGUACUCAGCCUCGCAGAGUGGCCGCAAUGAGUGUAGCCAAACGUGUCAGUGAGGAAAUGGACGUGGAUUUGGGUGGGUUGGUGGGUUACGCUAUCCGAUUUGAAGACUGCACCAGUGAUCAAACGGCCAUUAAAUACAUGACAGAUGGUGUCCUUCUCAGAGAAUCUUUAACUCAGCGGGAUUUAGACAAAUACUCUUGUAUCAUCAUGGACGAAGCUCACGAACGUGCUCUCAAUACUGAUGUCUUGAUGGGUCUCAUCAAAAAGGUCAUUGCUCGUCGCAGAGAUCUCAAAUUGAUUGUGACUUCGGCCACCAUGAAUUCUGAACGUUUCUCCCGCUUUUACGGCGGAGCUCCAGAAUUCAUCAUCCCAGGUCGUACCUUCCCUGUCGACAUCCAAUAUUCUCGUUCCCCAUGCGAGGACUAUGUCGACAGUGCUGUCAAACAGGUCCUGGCCAUACACGUAUCUCAUGGUGCAGGCGAUAUCCUCGUCUUCAUGACUGGUCAGGAGGAUAUCGAGGUAACCUGCGAAUUGAUCGAAGAACGAUUGAAACUCCUGGUUAAUCCUCCGAAGCUGCUGGUUCUUCCUAUAUACUCUCAGAUGCCAGCCGACCUUCAGGCCAAGAUUUUUGAUCCCGCACCUCCCGGUGUGCGAAAGGUGAUUGUCGCUACCAACAUUGCUGAGACCUCCUUGACUGUGGAUGGUAUAAUGUAUGUGGUCGAUGCCGGCUUUUCGAAAUUGAAAGUCUAUAAUCCUCGCAUGGGUAUGGAUACCUUACAGAUCACUCCGAUUUCGCAAGCGAAUGCUUCACAGAGAGCCGGUCGAGCCGGUCGUACGGGACCCGGCAAAGCAUUUCAUCUUUAUACAGAACAAGCCUUCAAGAACGAAUUCUAUAUCCAAACGAUCCCUGAGAUCCAGCGUACCAAUCUAGCCAACACUGUAUUACUCCUAAAGUCCUUGGGAGUCAAAAAUCUACUGGAUUUCGACUUUAUGGACCCUCCUCCGCAAGAUACAAUUACCACAUCAUUGUUUGACCUCUGGGCACUCGGCGCUCUUGACCACGUUGGAGAAUUAACAACCAUCGGUCUGACAAUGACCUCGUUUCCGAUGGACCCUUCAUUGGCGAAAAUGCUCAUCACUUCUUCUACAGAAUAUGAGUGCAGUGAAGAAAUGUUGACAAUCGUCAGCAUGCUGUCUGUCCCCUCAGUCUUCUACAGGCCAAAAGAAAGGCAGGAGGAGUCUGAUGCAGCACGAGAGAAGUUUUUUGUUCACGAAUCAGACCAUCUCACUCUGUUGCAUGUCUAUAGCCAGUGGAAAUCCAAUGGCUACAGCGAUGCGUGGUGCAUUCGCCAUUUCCUACAUCCAAAGGCCCUUCGCCGGGCAAAAGAAAUCAGAGAACAGCUACACGACAUCAUGGGUCAACAGAAGCUACAGCUUGUUUCUUGCGGUACCGACUGGGAUAUAAUUCGCAAGUGUAUCUGCUCUGGCUACUAUCACCAAGCGGCCCGACGCAGAGGAGUUGGCGAAUACAUCAAUCUUCGCAGCAGCGUCACUGUACAACUCCAUCCUACUUCUGCACUAUAUGGUCUGGGCGAUCCACCAGACUAUGUUGUCUAUCAUGAACUCAUCCUGACAAGCAAAGAAUAUAUGAGCUGUGUGACAGCAGUCGAUCCUCAUUGGCUGGCAGACUUGGGAGGUGUCUUCUACAGUCUGAAAUCAAAGGAAUAUAGUAGUAAAGACAAACGGAUUAUUGAAGGCGAGUUCAAUCGAAGAAUGGAAAUCGAAACACAAAUGGCAGAAGAUCGAGCCAAGGAUGAGAGGCGUAAGCAGGAAGAAGAGGAGAAAGAAAGGGUGUUGGCUGGGAAGCCCAAAAAGAGUGGAGUGAUAGUCAAGAAAACGGGCAGUAACGGGGUAGUGAAAAAACCAGUGAUAGCAAGGCGAAGGAUGGGAUUCUAG